CCUUCCCCUUCUGACUGCUGCCUACAUGGUUACGCAGUACAUGGCACGUUGGGAUUUCUAUUCUUUUGCUGACAUGGCUGCGCAGAAUUCGAAUGAAGCUGAGACUUUUAAAGGAGAUUAUCAUGCUUGAAAAUCUUGUCAGAUUACGAUGACCAUUCAGCUUGAAAUUUCUUGGCACCGAAAUAGUCACAAGACAAUUGAGUGUAAAGAAAGAGAUUCAAGCAGAUGGGAUGCUAAUAAUUCCCCACCUUGCUAGAUUCGAGACCCCCAAGGCCACAUCCCUUCAGCCUUCCAUUCUUCUAGCUUCUCCUUCUCUUACAACUACAUACAUAUUUCCGGGCCAUAUCUCCGACCGUAAGAUCUGAAAUCUCACCGACUACAGAUAUCAAAAUCAUCGAGGAGAAGUAUUAAUGAAGAAGAAAAAAGUGAAUGGGACAAAUUAGUGAAGAGAAGAGCAUUCAGCUGCCCCACCACUGAGAUCUCUUUGCACUGGUGUCAAUCGGUGCGUGGCGAGACUGAGGCGCUCAUCCUUGAGCCGCUGUACCUGGUGUCUUGAGACCGACGCGCAUCACGAAAUACAUACGUCCCCGGCUUCGGAUUCUUCUACCGAUACACGGCGGACCUUCUAAUCAAACCCUUAAGGCGCAUCACCAAUUGUUCUAAUGUCGACAUCAACUGGAGAGGCCCAUGGCGUCGCGGCCAACGAUACUGGGUCUCAAGGUACUAGUCCGAACGCCGAUGCGAGCCCAUCAGCUGCAACUCAAAAUCAGAACAAUGGCAAUGUUCCGAGACCAAAACGAUUGGCAUGUAUGAUAUGUCGGAAACGCAAGCUCAGAUGCGACGGCAUUAAGCCUAGUUGUAGCACAUGUACGAGAUUGGGACAUGCCUGCGCAUACGAUGAAGUGAGACGAAAGAGUGGCCCGAAAAGAGGCUACGUGAAGGCUCUAGAAGAGAGGUUGAAACAAGUCGAGACGCUUUUGAACAAAACCCAAGAGCCGCCGUCGUUCAACGUUAGCCCUGAUACGGCCAAGACUCCUAGCAACGUCACCUUCGAGCAGAGCCGCACUCAACAGGCUCCUCCAACCCCUAACUUUAACGUUACAAAUCCUUCUAUAGGUAUCGCAAAUGACCGAGAUAUGGAUCGAUGGCGCUUUAAUGGAGAAUCGCCUCAAGCCAGCGGCGGUUUGGAUGAUUUUAACUUUAAUGGGAAUAUGUCGAUGAAUAUGGGCGGUAUGGAUAAUAGUUUCACGUGGGAGAUGAUCGGCCUAGGUUUAGAAGAACCUCUCCCACCCCAAGAGACGAUCGAUGAACUCCAUCAGAUAUACUUCGAUAAAAUCCACCCGUCGUUGCCAAUGAUUCACAAAUUCCGAUAUCUAGCAGCGAUGAACCUGGCGCCAAACCAGAGACCUCCUGUUGCAUUACGGUAUGCUAUCUGGACACAAGCUUGUGCCGUAGCAGACAAAUACGCAGAUUUAAAAGACCUCUUCUACCAGCGUGCUCGUAAAUACGUGGAGGCGGAUUACGUCAAAGGCUACGGCGAGCACAUGAUUUCAGUAGCUCAUGCUCAGACUCACGUACUACUUGCCUCAUAUGAGUUCAGGAUGAUGUACUUCCCGAGAGCGUGGAUGAGCACAGGUGCGGCUGUGCGUCUAUGCCAGAUGAUCGGACUACAUAGGUUAGAUGGGUCAGGCCUCGACGUAAAGCAGUGCCUUCCGCCACCUCGCGACUGGACCGAGCGGGAAGAGAGGCGGCGGACCUUCUGGAUGGCUUUCUGCAAGGAUAGAUAUGCUAGCAUUGGGACAGGCUGGCCUAUGACCAUCGAUGAACGAGACGUGAUGACCAACUUGCCUUCUUCAGAGGAGGCAUUCGAAAUGAGUCGCCCGGAACAAACGCAAUCGCUUGCGGAGUCCAUGUGCCCAGCUGGAGCAGCGAAGCUCUCGUCUUUCGGGGGUAUCGUCCUAAUGGCCUGUCUAUUCGGCCGGAACCUCGUUCAUCUCCAUCGCCCGGACGCCGACGACCGCGAUCAUGACCUCAACGGAGAAUUCUGGAAGCGUCACAGAAAUAUGGAUAACAUUCUCCUAAAUACCUCGCUUUGUCUACCGAACCACCUAAAGCUUCCUGCCGGUCUUGCCAAUCCUAACAUUGUAUUUACUAAUAUGAAUAUCCACACUUCGACAAUCUGUCUUCACCAAGCGGCUAUUUUCAAGGCGGACAGGAACAAACUACCACCGUCUGUUAGCGCAGAAAGCAAAGUUCGCUGCAUCACGGCGGCGAAUGAGAUUGCUAGCAUCAUGAGAAUGGUGUCACACUUGGACUUAUGUGCUAUGAAUCCGUUCAUAUCAUUUUGUCUAUAUGUUGCUGCACGGGUCUUCGUUCAAUACCUAAAAAGUCGGCCAGACGACAGCCAGACGGCCGACUCGCUACGAUUCCUCCUCGCUGCCAUGAACGCAUUGAAGAGGAAGAACCCCUUGACUGAGUCAUUCUUGGUACAGUUAGAUGUCGACUUAGAGGCAUUGGGUACGAGGAUACCUAAACUCAAGUCCGCCUUCCCAAGGAGCGCAGAUAGUCCCGGUUCCGGCAUCAGGAUGCCAAAGAUGGGCAAGCAUGACGGUAAACCCUGCGAACCUGAAAGCGGCAGUGCUGGCGGAGGUAUUCUUGCAUAUCGCCACGCGAACAUAAGCGACGAAAGCCCAAGCAAUCCAAAUAUUGGCCAGUGUGAGCACCCGAAUCCGAUUAACAGCAGGCAGAGGUCAGACGAUUUUACGGGCCAGAAUUGGCUUCCGAGGGACCAACAGAUACCCACGCGCGAGCGGAGCUCCUUUCCGGAUCAUUGCAACCAGGAAACAAUCCCGCCAAUCUUAUUUCCGGGAGGGUUCGUGGACGGUGCGGGGAGCGACUCGAACGAUCUGUCGACAUCGUCAAACACCAACGGCGCGUCAAACCAACCGACGCCAAACUCGAGCAGUGGCUCGGAUAACCGCCAGAGUACAAACGGUGCUGGUCACAUGGGGAACUCGAGCGGCAGAGCAUCUUUUGAUACUAGCCCUGCCGGCUCCCACCAUAACCUAGGCUCGCAAUCGGACAUGGAUGCAACAGCUUUCUUUCAGAUGGGUGGCAACAGCAUGGGUAUGACUCCCGAGCAGUCUUUUGGCACGGUAGAUCCGUCUGGGAACGGCUUCACGAUGCCAAAUAACUGGCCUGGGCAGACCGGUACUGGUAUGACGCCGGUGGCAGAGGGUGUACUUCAGCACUUAAUGGAAAUGCGAAUGGAGUUGUGGGAGUCUGGUCCAUAGUGUUCUCACCACGAUUUACGGUUUGUCAGAGGAUUUCCCCGUUCAUGGUAUCUAAAGGGGGGUAAGAUGGAUAUAUGGGAUUUGCAGGUACUGGGUUGGGUAUUUAUCUGAGGCUUGGCUUGAUAACCAUAACCCUUCAGGGGCGUUACAUGUUCAACCUCGACGCGGAGGUAACGCUCGUUCCGAGCCGUAUAGGACACAAUUUAUGACAUGACGUGGGCGGCGUACCUUAUACUCCAAUCUCACAUGAAUACCUGAACACAAGAUUUAUGCAAUGCACAUACAUAAUACACCAAGUCUUAUGAUACCUAUGACCUGUAAGUGCCUGGAUAUAUCA